CGCGCGCAGGCGCACUGGCUCGCACCUGGCUCCCGCCAGCCGUGGGAUUAGGCUUCGCCGGCUACGAUUGCGGCUCUCUGUUUCCUCGAGUCACUCCCAGAUUAGUGGUGUCUAGCUCAGCACUGUUUCCGUUGUGCUUCAUUCAUAAUUCCCAGCACUGUUGGAUGAGGAUGGCAAGACCACCUGUGGCCAUGAGCCCUCCCCGGUGCUCCUGGGGCUAAGGCUGGGGCUGCAGCCAUGGGGCUGGGUCGGCCCCAGGCCUGGUUGCUGGGUCUGCCCACGGCUGUGGUCUAUGGCUCCCUAGCUCUGUUCACCACCAUCCUGCACAAUGUCUUCCUGCUCUACUAUGUGGACACCUUUGUCUCAGUGUACAAGAUCAACAAAAUGGCCUUCUGGGUUGGAGAGACGGUGUUUCUCCUCUGGAACAGCCUCAAUGACCCCCUCUUCGGUUGGCUCAGUGACCGGCAGUUCCUCAGCUCCCAGCCCCGGGGAAGAGAUCUACCCUGGCUUGGCUUGGCUGUCCCCUCUGGACUGUGGACUGCAAACACCCUCUGCUGCUUCUGGAAGAUUCCUUUGCCCCAUCCCUGCUUGAGCCCAUCAUCACCCCCAACCUUGAGAAGUGGGCAUCCCAUACCCUUUGGCCAUCAGCCUGACAGGCUAAUAAGGGGGUGGAAAUUGGGGCAGAGGAGGGAAUGUACCCACUGCAGGUCAGGCACUGGGCUCUCCUCAAAGGCCGUGGUGCUGGCCCGGGUGCAGGCCCUGGGCUGGCAUGGGCCGCUGCUGGCGCUGUCGUUCCUGGCGUUCUGGGUGCCCUGGGCCCCAGCUGGCCUGCAGUUCUUGCUGUGCCUGUGCCUCUAUGAUGGCUUCCUGACACUCGUGGACCUGCACCACCACGCCUUGCUGGCCGACCUGGCCCUCUCAGCCCACGACCGCACCCACCUCAACUUCUACUGCUCCCUCUUCAGCGCGGCCGGCUCCCUCUCUGUCUUUGCAUCCUAUGCCUUUUGGAACAAGGAGGAUUUCUCCUCCUUCCGCGCUUUCUGCGUGACACUGGCUGUUAGCUCUGGGCUGGGCUUUCUGGGGGCCACACAGCUGCUGAGGCGGCGGGUUGAGGUGGCCCGAAAGGACCCAGGGUGCUCAGGCCUGGCUGUGGAUAGCGGCCUGUGUGGAGAGGAGCUGCUUGUGGGCAGUGAGGAGGCAGACAGCAUCACCUUGGGCCAGUAUCUCCGGCAGCUGGCACGCCAUCGGAACUUCCUGUGGUUCGUGAGCAUGGACCUGGUGCAGGUCUUCCACUGCCACUUCAACAGCAACUUCUUCCCUCUCUUCCUGGAGCAUCUGUUGUCCGACCAUAUCUCCCUUUCCACAGGCUCCAUCCUGUUGGGCCUCUCCUAUGUCGCUCCCCAUCUCAACAACCUCUACUUCCUGUCCCUGUGCCGGCGCUGGGGCGUCUACGCGGUGGUGCGGGGGCUCUUCCUGCUCAAGCUAGGCCUUAGCCUGCUCAUGUUGUUGGCCGGCCCGGACCACCUCAGCCUGCUGUGCCUCUUCAUUGCCAGCAACCGCGUCUUCACUGAGGGCACCUGUAAGCUGCUGACCUUGGUGGUCACUGACCUGGUAGACGAGGACCUGGUGCUGAACCACCGCAAGCAGGCAGCCUCGGCACUCCUCUUUGGCAUGGUUGCCCUGGUUACCAAGCCAGGCCAGACCUUUGCCCCACUGCUGGGCACCUGGCUGCUCUGUUUCUACACAGGUCAUGACCUCUUCCAGCAGUCCCUCAUAACCCCUGUGGGGAGUGCCUAUCCCUGGCCAGAGCCCCCAGCUCCGGCCCCUGCACAGGCCCCGAUGCUCCGCCAGGGCUGCUUCUACCUGCUGGUGCUGGUGCCCAUCACCUGUGCUCUGCUGCAGCUCUUCACCUGGUCCCAGUUCACGCUGCAUGGGAGACGCCUGCACAUGGUCAAGGCCCAGCGCCAGAACCUGUCACAGGCCCAAACCCUGGAUGUUAAGAUGGUGUGAGAACUGUGGCAAGGUCACCCCUCUGAGGACGCUGCUGGCAGCCUGGGGGAGGAGCCAGUUUUUUUUUUUUUUUUUUUUAAGGAUUUCAUAGUUGGUUUUUUUGUUGAGAUGUGGCCCAAAAAAAUGGAUCUGUUGCUCAGGCUGGAGUGCAGUGGUACAAUCUAGGCUCACCGAAACCGCCACCCGGGUUCAAGCAAUUCUCCUGCCUCAGCCUCCCGAGUAGCUGGGAUUACAGGAGCGUGCCACCAUGCCCGGCUUCUUUUUGUAUUUUUAGUAGAGACAGGGUUUCAUCACGUUGGCCAGGCUAGUCUCAAACCCCUGACCUUAGGUGAUCAGCCCGCCUCAGCCUCCCAGAGUGCUGGGAUUACAGGCGUGAGCCACUGUGGCCGGCCUAAUUUUUGUAUUAUUUAGUAGAGACAGGGUUUCACCACGUUGGCCAGGCUGGUCUUGAACUCCUGACCUCAAGUGAUCUGCCUGCCUUGGUCUCCCAAAGUGCUGGGAAUACAGGCGUGAGCCACCCCACUCGGCCAGGAGCUAGUUUUACCAGCAUCCUGCUCCACUGCCUUCCUCUAGUGCAGCCUGGAAAACAUGGCAGCAGGGAGCUCCUGGGGCUGAGCCAGGAGCAUCACUGUGGUCAAAAUCUCUGCUUAGCUGUCUGGCUCAGCUUGGGCAAAGGCUGGGCCAUAUGUGCUCAGGGACGUGUUUCUCUUGUAAGGCAGGAGGCUGGAAGAGGACCAAGAAGGGAGGGGGCUGCCCUGUGGUGCACACGGGCCUGCCAUGGGGCGUGGGAGCCCAUCCCGCUGCCUGGCUGGAGCUGGCUGCUGUGGUGGACUCAGGAACCACUUCUAAUACCGCAACUGCUCCCUUUUGCCCAGUCAGGGAAAGCUGACUGUAAGUCCCACUUCCCCCUCGGUCCACCCUUCUAGUGGUUUCUCUGAGAGGUUUCUCUGCUUCAGCUGUGCUUGAAGUGGCAUGCCUCCUCUGCUGCAGGGCUCCCCCACCCCCACACGGCCUCUAAAGAUGUUUAUUUCCUUACAGACUGAUUAAAGUUGGCCAUUCUUUUUCCUCAA